GCCUUCCCGCCCCCCGGCCCCGGCCGUGAAAAGGCGCUGCGGGCCCGGGCUCGGGCUCGGCCCCAUGGAGACGCCGCCGGCCGCGGGUGGCGCCGGGCGCGGAGCGGUGGCAGGUGCCUUGCCCAGGUCUGAGCUCUGAGUGGCCAGUGGAGAAAGGCCCACCCCCCUCCCCCAAGACCCCACACCCCCGCCAUGAGUCUGUGGGAACUGGAAGACGGCCACAGCAGCCAAGGCACCGCCCGGCCGGCCCCGGCGCCUAGCCCGGACGAGGCAUGGGCCACGGAGAUGCAGAUGAAGGUGGAUUUUUUCCGGAAGCUGGGCUACUCCUCUGCUGAGAUCCACAGCGUCCUGCAGAAGCUGGGGGUCCAGGCCGACACCAACACGGUGCUGGGUGAACUGGUGAAGCAUGGGUCAGCGGCCGAGCGUGAGCGCCAGGCCUCCCCAGACCCUGGCCCACAGCUCCCUCUGGUCCCUCGGGGAGGAGGUCCACCCAAAGUGCCCACCCUGGAGCCCUCUCCCCCAGAAGAGGACAAGGACGGCAGUGACUUGAGACCCGUGGUCAUCGAUGGGAGCAACGUGGCCAUGAGCCACGGGAACAAGGAGGUCUUCUCCUGCCGGGGCAUCCUGCUGGCGGUGAACUGGUUCCUGGAGCGGGGCCACGCGGACAUCACAGUGUUCGUCCCAUCCUGGAGGAAGGAGCAGCCGAGGCCGGACGUGCCCAUCACAGACCAGCACAUCCUGCGGGAGCUGGAGAAGAAGAAGAUCCUGGUGUUCACGCCCUCGCGGCGCGUCGGGGGCAAGCGGGUGGUGUGCUACGACGACCGCUUCAUCGUCAAGCUGGCCUACGAGUCCGACGGGGUGGUGGUCUCCAACGACACCUACCGCGACCUGCAGGGCGAGCGGCAGGAGUGGAAGCGCUUCAUCGAGGAGCGGCUGCUCAUGUACUCCUUCGUCAACGACAAGUUCAUGCCCCCCGAUGACCCCUUGGGCCGCCAUGGGCCAAGCCUGGACAAUUUCCUGCGGAAGAAGCCACUCCCGGCGGAGCACCGGAAGCAACCCUGUCCCUAUGGGAGGAAGUGCACCUAUGGGAUCAAGUGCCGGUUCUUCCACCCCGAGCGGCCCAGCCGCCCCCAGCGCUCCGUGGCCGAUGAGCUGCGUGCCAACGCCCUCCUCGUACCCCCGCGAGCUACGGUCAAGGACAAGGGCGGCCGCCGGCCCUCCCCUUCAUCCCGACCCAGCUCUCUGUCCACAGAGCGUGAGGACGGGAAGAAGGUGGGGGUCCAGGCACCCCCAGGGCCCCACCGGGAGGGUCUGACACAGACCUUCGCCCCACCCAGCAGGAGCCUCGCGCCCAGCGGGGGCAGCUAUGGGCCCACGGACUGGGUCCCGCAGACGCUGGACUCGCUCCAGUACACCUCCCAGGACUGCCUGGACUCCGGCAUCGGUUCCCUGGAGAGCCAGAUGUCGGAACUGUGGGUGGGGCGUGGAGGCAGCUCUGGGGAGCCAGGCCCACCGCGGGGCCCGUACCUAGGGUACAGCCCCUAUGGGGCUGAGCCGCCGGCCCCCUCGGCGUUCUCCGCCUUUAGACGGCCCGUGGGCACUGGCCACUUCAGUGUCCCUGCCGACUAUGCCCCCCCACCGGCCGCCUUUCCGCCUCGAGAAUACUGGUCGGAGCCCUACCAGCUGCCGCCCCCCACCCCCGUGCUACAGGAGUCCCCCACGCCGGGCCCAGGGGUCGACAGGGGCUCGUGGGCCGGGGUGGGCAGCCUGGCCAAGGAGCGAGCCAGUGUGUACACCAAGCUGUGCGGUGUCUUCCCCCAACACCUGGUGGAGGCGGUGAUGGGGCGCUUCCCGCAGCUCCUGGACCCCCAGCAGCUGGCGGCCGAGAUCAUCUCGUACAAGUGCCCACACCUCGCUGAGUAAGCUGCGCUGGUGGCCCCUGGGGCCUCCCCAGGCCCGCGCCAAGCCCCGAGGCCCACCCUGCGGACAGCAUGCAGGGAGCUUUCAAGUCGGGAAGGGAACCCACAAACCAAAGAUACUGUAGGAUUGGCUCUGGCCUACGCGGCGCCCCUCGCUGUCUGCCCGAGCGGGUGCGGGCCAGGGACGAUCACCCUGUUGAUGCACAUUGUAUCUCUGUAGUUUAAGGAGACGCUGCCGGUAACGGCCGUCAGUCUGUGGCUGAAGCCCAAACCCACCUUUCUCUCAGAGGACGGGGAGGGAGGCGGGGGGGCGGGGAGCAGAGGCCUGGGUUGGGGGCCCCGUGCGAGACCCCCUCCCUCCACCCCGUCCUGUCCCUGGGAUGCCAGCCUUAGCUGGCUUGUUGGGCACCGUGUGCCUGCCCUGCUGCAAGGGCCCCUCUCUAAGCCAAUGAGGCCUCGACAGCGCCCUCUCCUGGGCACGAGGCUUCAUGUUAGUAAGCAAGAUGCUUCUUAAUAACCCAUCUCUGUCUGCCCAUUCUCCCUUCCCCUGUACUUGGAGCCACGGCCCCCUUCACCGAGGCUGGGGGACACACACGCGGGUGUGAAAUGUUCAAGCAGAAAGUCUCUGUCGCCCUUAACACAUCAAUAAAGUACAGUGUGAGCCCUUUGAAGACAUGCUGGU